AUGGCUACAGAAGUGCCGUGUCUGGCUGUGUGUUCCACCGUCACUGCGGGCGCCCACUCGCCUCCAGGCUUCACUACUCUGGGCCUACACAGCCCUAGCAGCUCACACUAUGGACGAAAGGGGGUCCCCUACAGACCAAAGUCCAUGGAGGCCUUCCGCCGGCACAGCACAGACGGCCUGUGUCCGGAGUCUCACCCAUCGCACGGGGACGCGCGGGGCCGAGCCUUUCACCCCUACUGCCGGCAGUACAGUGAGGGCAGCACGACCAGCCGCGGCCCACCCCACUGCCCCUCUCCCCCCUUCUCCUGCCUGCAGGAGCUGGGCAUGGGCGACCAGGGCAACCCAGUGCCCUCUCCAGCCGCCGGGCACGAGGAGAUGCCCAGCACAUGGCCAGUUCACUCGUCUAUGCUAAUGGCCUCUCCUGAGGAUCCUUCCAGGUAUUCCUCCCUCAGCCAAGCUCCUUACGGCUCCAUCAGUGCCCUGCAGCAGUUCCCAGACGUCUUCACUCGUGGAGAACAUGUUCAAAGUUCUCAUUACUGUCACGACAGAGUAUCCUCCAAAACCAGCCAAUUGGACACGACAGAAAUGCUUUACCCCAAACCAAUCUAUUCGUAUAGUAUCCUGAUCUUCAUGGCUCUGAGGAGCAGCAAGACAGGGAGCCUGCCAGUCAGUGAAAUCUACAGCUUCAUGACCGAACACUUCCCCUACUUCAAGACAGCUCCAGAUGGCUGGAAGAACUCGGUCCGCCACAACCUGUCGCUCAACAAGUGCUUUGAGAAGGUGGACAACAAGAGUGGCAACGCGUCCCGCAAGGGCUGCCUGUGGGCUCUGAACCCGGCCAAGGUGGAGAAGAUGCAGGAGGAGCUGCAGAAAUGGCGGCGCAAGGACCCCCUCACCAUCCGCAAGAGCAUGGCACGGCCAGAUGAGCUGGAUCACAUCAUGGAGGACAAAUGUGACAAGAUGAAAUCCAUGUCCGGCCGCCUAAACCACCACCGGCAGCCCUCCUCCUCCUCCUACCCCGCCGUGAGGCCCCAAGGCUACGACACAGCCUCUCCCUACGCCCCGCCCCAGCACAGGGAACACCACAAGCCCUCCCAGCCUCCCUCUCUGUUGUACCACAACAACAACAACAACAACUACUCUCCAUCCGUCACCAACCACAGGUCUCCGUAUCUGCCCAGCCCCACCAACACCACCUCCUCCCCUUUCCCCUUCCACGUUCCUGUCACACAGCAGCCUUGCACCAUCUUGCCCUCCAACACAGGUGGUCUGGAGUCGCCGCUGCCUGCCCAGACGCCCCCAAGCUACAUCGCCGCCCUGCAGGCGACCCGCGGUGGCGUUUCCAGCAGCAUGCAGGAGCUGCUGCCGGAGGGGGACCUGGGCACUGACGUGGACAUGCUCAACCCCAGCCUCAUAGACCUGCAGCUGCAUGGUCAUUUGUGGGAGGAGCUGAAGGAUGAUAGCCUGGCACCAGACCCAGCAUCCGCUGCCGCCGCCAUCACGACCAUGACCAGCCACGACGGGUCCUCCCCCUGCUCCAGCCUGCCCAGCCCCGGCGCCCGGCAGCGGGCAGAGGGCCUGCGCACCCUCAGCCUGUCCGAUGGAAGUGGGGGGGACCAGGAGGGACUGUUUGACCUGAGCGUUACCACAAUGACACACUACUCUGGGACGUUUGCUAACAUGGAUGCUACUAGCAUGUCUGGCUACCACCAGCCAGCUUGUGGUGGUGUAGGUGUAGGGGGCGAUGCCUCCAUUCUCCUCAUGUGAUGAUUACAGGGGCCAACUCAAACUUCAGCCAGCUCUGCUGCUUGCUGUCAUGUUUUUUGCGUGUG